UGUUUCAAAAAAAACAAAAAGGAUCUUGGAUGGGUUUUGGGUUUUGGGUCGCUUGUGUUAGUAGCUACCUGAAUCGAAUUGCGGUAAAGAAUCAGACUUUAGUGAAGCCUUGAAGGUGAAGCCAGCUAUCGAUAAAAAGCGUGUGAGUUGUCGCAUUGAAGAUUCCUCACUUGCGUCACUUUGUUCUCUGCUCUUAUCUAUAAAAGCAUCACAUUCCGAUCUUGGGUUGUCUCCAGAUAUUUCUUUCAGAGGGUUUCAACAAGACACUAAUUGGUAAAUGGAGGUCGUUUUGGAGAAGAAAGACGCUGCUGAAUGGGUGUACAGAGGCGAAGGCGCUGCUAAUCUCGUUCUUGCUUACAUCGGAUCCUCCCCAGCUUUUAUCGGGAAAGUAAUGCGCAUACAGAAGGCGGCGAAAAGGAAUGUGUCCGAACGUUCUAGCAGUCCCACAGCACUAAGCAUGCAUGAACGCCUGGUGUGGAAAGACUUGGAGGACGUAGUAACUUCCUCUAACAGAGAGCUUGCCAGCCAACUAUAUGUGAAGCAUGUCAUGACCCCUUUAUUGGGUCCAAAGUUUGUUGAUUCUGGGAUGCGUGUCCAUGCUUCUCGGGAAUUCUUGGAGACAGUGGAGCAGAAUGUAAAUUGUCAGCGCCCAGCUUCUCGAGUUGAUGCUGCUAAAGUUGAUACCGAAUGUGAUUAUGUGCUUCUCAUGUCUGAUCAUUCUCUUUUUCCUAGUGGUAUUCAAGAAGGCGAAACCUGUAUAUCUGUAGAGAUAAAGCCAAAAUGUGGAUUUCUCCCAACUUCAAAGUAUAUAGAUGAAGGAAAUGCCAUCAAACGGAGGAUUACUCGUUUUAGGAUGCACCAGGCCCUAAAGUUGCAUGAUGGAGAGGUAUCGGAAUAUAGUGAAUAUGAUCCACUUGAUCUCUUCUCUGGAUCGAAGGACAGAAUACGUAAAGCUAUCGAGGAUCUCUUCGCUACCCCACAGAAUAAUUUCCGGGUAUUCUUGAAUGGUUCUCUAAUAUUUGGGGGAUUGGGUGGUGGUGCAGCAAGUACCAAUUUGGUGAUUAGGGAUAAAGUUGAAACAGCACUUAAGGGUGUCAUUCAGGGAAGUGAUGGCUUCCGCACAGUGAACUUUCUACAGCUUGUUGCUGAGACAGUUCAUAGAUCUGGAGUGAUGGAUCAGCUUCUGGAGAUCCAGAAACUUGAUAAUCUUGACAUAGAUGGAGCUAUCCAUGCAUAUUAUGACAUUAUUUCUGAGCCUUGCAUGGUAUGUACAGGAUUGGGUAAAGACAAAGCGUCAAACAGAUAUUCUUCAUUGCAUUCCCUCUCUUUGGAUGAAAGCUUAAAGAUUGUGAAGGAUUUUUUGAUAGCUGCCACUGCAAAGGACUGCAGUUUGAUGAUUAGUUUUAGACCAACGAAAGAUGGGAGUACAGGAUCUCCGUAUAAUAAUGUGUAUCUGGAAUCAACCAAUCAAUUUUAUGAUUACAAGGUGCAUUUCAUUGACCUGGAUCUGAAAUCUUUGAAGAAAUUGGAAGAAUAUUAUGAGUUGGACAAAAAAAUCGUACGCUGCUACAAUGAAAUGGUGGAAACUAAGGAAAGAUUAAAUAAAACUACAAGCACCGAGGCUUGUCAAACUGCGGACUGAGAUUAGUUACGAUGCCAUGGAGGAUGCUGUACUUUAAAACUUUUGAGUAAGUUCAAGUUAUGCUGUCGAUUAUUGCUGUCUCCACUUGUAAUAUGUGUAACAAAAGAAAUUGUAAUUCUAUGUGUAACAGAAAUUGUAAUGCUAUGUGCAGCCAAAAAAAAUUGUAAUCAGAUGCAAACUUCUUGCCUUUUGGCCGUCAUUUCUGUAUUAGUCUUGUUUCUCAAAAGUUAAAA